AUGCUUGGUAGAGUCAAGCUGGAAAUGAAAGACCCAAUGGACUGGCAUUCAAUGUACACAGAAAGUGAGGUAUAUUCUGGAAUACAUAACAUGAAUAAUGGUCUUCAAAACAAUACCUUCAUGUCCAGUGAUGUCUCAACUAUAACUCCAACAAUGACCUACAUGAAUAAUACCAUGGCAGGGCCUGUAAACAGCAUCCAGAAUAAUCUGAGCUCUCUGAACUCUCUAGGCCACAAUAUGGGAGGGCCAACAGCAUCUCCGGCAUCUUCUUCUGCUUACCCAUUGGGCUAUUGCCAAGGAGAAACAGAGUUUCAGAGGGAUCCUCGAACCUACCGGAGAAAUUAUUCCCAUGCCAAACCUCCAUAUUCCUAUAUCUCACUUAUAACAAUGGCCAUCCAACAGUCCCCAAACAAGAUGAUGACUCUGAAUGAGAUCUACCAGUGGAUCAUUGACCUUUUUCCUUACUACAGACAAAAUCAGCAGAGGUGGCAAAACUCCAUUCGUCACUCUUUGUCAUUUAAUGACUGCUUUGUUAAAGUUCCACGCUCACCAGAGAAACCAGGAAAAGGCUCAUACUGGGCUCUUCACCCAGACUCUGGAAACAUGUUUGAAAAUGGAUGCUACCUGAGAAGACAAAAGAGGUUCAAGUGUGAAAAGUCUAGGACUGGGGAUUCGGAAAAAAAACCUAACAAAUCUGGAGAUGAGAUGUCAGCCGGAUUGAGAGAGACUCCAGCUGUUUAUGAUGAGAGUUCCUCUUCACACUCUCCAAAAAAUGCAAUUAACAGUUGUGAUAGAGACUCAUCAGUGGCAAUCCCACAACUAAAUGGGCCUUCACCAGCAGGCAUCAGUCCUAACUCUAAACAAGGCGGGUCUUCAUCACAACUCUUAUACCCAAUGAGUCUUUCUAGUGACAGUUAUCUUGGCAUGGUAGGAGAAGAUGCCCAGAUGAAGCAUGAGCCAUUUGCUGGGAGGCACCCAUUCUCUAUAACACAACUAAUGUCUUCUGAAAAUGCACACACAUACUCCAGUAAGAUUGAUAUGUGUCCAACUACAGAUCAUCUUGCCCACUACCAGAACUACACUUCUGAUUAUCAUAACAUGACCUCGAAAAAUGUAAUGGACAUGCCAUCAUCUUCUAACGAUGCAGGCUACUAUACUAAUAUGUAUUCCAGACCCAUUCUCAGUUCCCUGUAA